UUGUACAUUAUUGUGUUGUUAUUGUCGUGUUAUUGUUGUAUAAACAAACUAAUUUAGGAAAUAGAACCUUCGGGUAGGGUGUAAUGAAAUUUGAAAUUGAUUAUGUAGAUGUGUAAUGUAAUGGGUUAUAAUGAAUAUGUUACUUUAUGAAAAGUCAAUAGAAAUAUUUCAGCGAGAUGUAACUAACAGAAAACAUGGGGGUCGUGACUCGCAAAAUGCAUAUAGGCAAUUAGUAAAUCCAUUAAGCAAGAUUCGUGACUCGUAAAAUGCAUAUAAAUGGUUGGUAAAUACGUUAAGCGAGAGGACUGACGUUCCGAUGCGUGUUCCAGGUGUGAAUACACCUGUGAACACAAAUUGGCUUGUCAAAUUACAUAGGGGCCCGCGAUUACAGGCGGUGUAAAAUCUGUAGGGAUCAUACAUCAUCUGUCUAUAUACGUCAAGAUACACACAUUGACGUCCAUUACUUGUUGACAGGCGUGGGUCACGAAUUAAGCGAAUACACAACGGGAUCAGUAUAAAUAAUCCUCAAAAUAGGCAGACGGGGCCUCGCUUUCUCUUAGGAAUUAUUCACGUUAUGUUAUUUACUUUGACUUUGAAAUUAUUAUAGUACAAUUUUGGUGUUAGGGAAUAGAGUAAAAUAAAAGAAAUAUUUUAGACAUCAGAGACUUGUUUUAUCUUCACUAAAGUACAUCCGAUUACGUGACACGUGUUUAACUGGUGCGCGGUGACCAGAGGAUCAACCAGAAGUACCACUUCUUUCACGGGCCAGAGGGAAGAAGACGUGCCGGACCUCCACAACGAACGGGCAAAUAUUCGAUGAUGUUGCCAUCAUUUGUUUUUAUAUUAUCGUUGCGCAUGAUCGGGGGACUUGAGAUUAACGAAAAUGUUAUAUUUCAAAAAGUUAACGAAGUGUCUGUGACCAGAGCUCAUUGGCAAAUAGCCCUACUUCUCGAUACCAACGUCUUCUCUACAUUUCUUACCCAACUUGAAACAAGACUAAACGAUAUCACAAAUACCACGAAAGACAUGAUGUUCCAAUUCAAACGAAAUGAUCUACUUUUAAAAACAGACGCCUUUGAACAAUCAUUAGCACAACUCCAUACGGAAAUCGAAUACAUCCGUUCUGACCAUGACAACGUACUUGACAGCUAUCUAGAUUAUAAAACGCUCAGUCAUACCCAGAAACGCUCAUUGUUACCCCUAGGCGGAUUCUUUAAAUUUCUUUUCGGCACAGCUGACGAUUCUGACAUCCGUAAUAUUCAAACACACGUUAAUCAACUUCAAGAAAGCCAAAAAACUAUUAUCCAUGUGUUACAAAAUAGUUUAUCUAUUCUCAAUGUUACCCAACAACACAUAACUGAGAAUCGCCACUCCAUUAACACUCUGAUAUCUACCCUCAGACAACUUGACGACAAAAUCAUGCACACACAUGAACGUUUACAGGCAAUGACCCAUGCUGUUCAAGAUUAUACGGUUAAUUACAACUCCCUGAAGAUCAUGAUUGAUGAAUUACGUCAGGCUGUUUUCCACGCAUCACUAUAUCUAGAAACGUUUAAAGGACAACUUAAUAUGCUCAGCACUGGCAAACUUUUUCCAUCUCUUAUUUCACCUAUUCACCUGAAAGACGUACUAUUAGACAUUGCGACAAAAGUGCCUAAUAAUUUACAACUACCAGCUAAUCCCAAGACCGACCUAUGGCAUUAUUACCAAUCUACCUCAACGACCGUCGUAAUGUCACCUACUACUAUUAUCAUUACAAUGGACAUCCCUCUCCUCGAGAUAGGAGCUUCUUUCGAGGUAUAUGAAGUAUUCAAUUUCGAUAUGCCCUACUCACCCAUUAACGAAACUAUCAAUGACAAUAAGAUCCACUAUAACAUGUCCGCUAGAUACGAACUGGAAACUAAGGGCUUCUUGAUUGAUCAAGCGCGAAAUCACUACUGCCUAUUGACAAAUAACGAACUGAAAACUUGUCAAGCGCGACGUACAUGUGACGUACAAUCCCCAUUCUACCAAGUAGACAUGUCUAAAUUAUGCGUCAUAGCCAUUAUGAUUAACAACACUCAGCACAUAAAGGAUUAUUGCAAGGUGAUCAUACACCCUAACACCGUCUUACCUGAUGCCAAAUAUUUAGGAUCUGGUAACUGGGCGAUAGUCUCUAGACAAGACCUACGCCUCGUGACGAUAUGUCAAGAUCAUUCCCAAAAUAAAAUAUCCGCUCGCGCUAUCGCUCCCAUAGACAUUGUUAAUGUACCCAUGAACUGUCGCGCAUACAAUGAAUACUUUACAUUAAAUGCCUGGUACAUUAACUCCAGUCAAACCCGGCUUCAGACCGACAAACUCGACAUACCUACCUUUAAGGGUUCUUCCAUUUGGAAACCAUUCCAUACCUCUCUCGUUAAUUUCACUAAAACCGAAAUGCCUCAUGAACUAUCAAACAUCAAAGAAAUACCUAUGGAAGCUUUAAUAACAAAACUGCAGAGUAUCAGACAAUUAAAUGACAUUGACACGACAUCAGGUGACUUCCCAUUAUGGGGUUACAUUAUCAUAGGUGUAGCGACCGCUCUGAGUUCUGGUGCAGCACUCCUUAUUUACUGUAAAUGUAAACGUAUGACCCGAUCUAAUCGUCCCAUAAUUACCCAAUUCCGAUCUGCCAACGAUGAUAUGCACCUGGGAGAAAUCAGUCCCCCGGGUUAUGUGGGCGUGGCUUCCUGUGAUGUGGCGCACGAACCUCUCGUGUCUGAGGUCAAAAAGCCCUCGGCACCCCCACAACGACCGAGAACACUGUCAUCCCUAUACCCGUCUCUACGAGGGUAACAAAUCCUUCCAGACGACGACACCAGGAUGAUCCUUGGCGAUAACAACUUGUCAACAACCAAGUUGUGAACCAUAAACAGCACCAUGGGCUGUUUACUGGAUAUUACCUACUAUCGUCAAUAAUGAACAGAACGAUAUACUUGAAAACUAAAAUCUACGAACAAUUGUUUAGUGCACUACUACAUCGAUCGAUAUAUCACCCGUAUUCAUCUAUUGUGACUGUAUAUAUGUGUUGAACACUCGUAUAAUCUUCAAAGAACGUUUGGAAUAUGUAUUAUUCGGAUGUUGUCUAUAGUUAACCA